AUGGCCUCGCCAGCCAUAGCACUCCCCAACGGCCUCACUGCGCCUAUGCAGCUCAGCAACAACAACAGCAAUAGUAAUAACAAUAACACCACCGACGUCGACAUCAAUUCCAAUGCUAAUAGUCCCGAUACUGGGGCUGAUUCCGAUGUCAAUACCGCGCAAUCUAUCGCUAGUAGCUCCAUCAAGCGCAAACGCGAAUCCUCAGAUGUUGGCGAGAAACCACCAAAUGGUCUUACCAUUGAUCGCAUCACUCCUACAGCAACUAAUGAUGCUGCUCCUCUUCCAAGCGCGACAAAGGUUGACCAGCCUACAAUACGUAAUUACUAUGAAGUUCUUCAAAGGCUUGACCCAACACCCUCUGUUCUCAAACGCCCCCUUCCCGACCCUGAAGAUUCCGGUGAACCCCAAGCAAAACGAAAGAAGCCUGACGAUGAAACACCGUUACUUUCUAUUGCCGACAAGGUAGCUCGAGAACAUUAUGAUGACCUUGUUAAUGUCAUUACCGACGUCAAAACCGCUAUCAUCGACCACCUAGCCGAGCUACGAAAUAUACAACCUGGACAAGACGCCAAAGUAAACGACGAAGCAAUUGCUAAGGUUAUCGAAUUCAAGCGACAGGCCUAUAACAUUUUCAAGCGGGAGUUAUCAUAUCCUUAUAACCCCCGCGUUUCUGAUGUGCUCCACGAUCUCAAUCUGAUCAACGAUUUGCAGUCGAAUGCCAGUGGAAACACGGUGCUAACGAUUAUUGGAGAGCCCAUGAGGGGGAAGCCUCUGUACUCGAGUCUGCAACAGCCUAUCCUCGAACGCGACGGUGCAGAAACGACUAUUCGAUCAUUGAGGGAAGAUGGCUUACCUAGCGGCGUUAAAAUUGCUAAGGCCAUACCUUACACCUUUUCUUCCGCCAUUGAGAAGGACAAGAAAUCUAAGACGUUAGGGGAGCUAUUCCCAGCUCCGCGCAACCUGCCGUCGCUUCAACCCCCUAAGGCACCAAAGAGCACCACCAAAGGGGUCCAGGUCGGCUGGCAUCGCCCUGAAUUGACUGAGAAGUCUAAGUACCGAGCCGGGUCGUACUUUAGUCAGUCCAUAUCUACUGGACGUUGGCUAGAUUACAGCAAUGCCGCCCCUCCCUCACAAAUCAUGACAAAGCAACGCGAGCGCGCUCUAAGCCUGGCUGGAAACAAGCCAUCUUCCUCAGACCUCGAGAUGUCCGAGAUGGAAGCCCUAUUCCGUGGCGCAUUCUCCAGUUUUGCCCCCUCGAAGGACGAUUCGGCUGCCAUGAUCUCGUCGGGUUUAAUUAGCCACACCAUGUGGUGGCAAAAAGUAGGAAGACGUAGCUUCGAUCGUUUAAUAGAGACCGAACUACCGGAAGACACCCCCGAGGAAACAGAAGAUGUCACUACUGCCCCCGCUGAGGAGAUAGACGAAGAACUAAUCAAGGAGGCUCUAGAAAAUUGGGAUGAUUCUAUGGUGGACCCCAGCCUUGAACAGGCCUGUUGUCCAAAGAAAUCUGAUGAGGAGAAAGAUGUUGAUGACAUCCUUCAAGACGUAUCUGACAUGAUCCAAACAUUGGUAUCAUACCAGAAGAAUCGCAAUUUAACCCUUCCGACCGCAUCCAGUCAGAGUCGAUAUGCGGCGGAUCCGUCUCACAGCGAUAUGCUCACUAACGGAACACCGGUGCAACCCGGCGAAGAAGAGACGGCUACUUACCAGGCCCUAAAAGCACAAUUAGCUCUUGUUAUUCAAAUGCUCCCGCCUUAUGCCGUUGCACGCCUAAACUCGGAUAAGCUGGAUGAAUUGAACAUAUCAACCAAGAUUGAAGUUCGUACCGAUGAAUAUCAAGGUCUAAUGGAGGAAGACGAGGCAGCUGCUCGUGCCAGAGCUGCACAGGCUCCCGUAAAUCCCCGGCCAGUCGUGCAUCGCUCUUCAAGUUCUUCGAACAACUUGCAGUAUAGUCAACAGUAUCACGCCAACCGUGCCCCGAUGCCCAACCCACCGUUUUACGGCACGCAAACACCGAUACGACCCCCUCAGCCUACGAUACAAAGGCCACCCCAGUCAAUGCCGGCCGCUUAUCCCCAGCGGCCCCCAUCAAACACGGGCUACCGGCCUCCUAAUCAUUAUCCCAAUACCGGUUAUCCUCAACAAUUCAACAAACCUCCACCAUUCCCACAGCCCGGUCCUUACGGAGGCACGCCGACACAAGCUCGGCCCCCAUUCCAACCCAUGCCCGGCUAUCCUAACAUGGGUAGCCAAACACCCCAAGCUCGUUUCCCUCCAUACCCACCGGCCGCUCAAACACCUAAUUAUCAUCCUCAACCUUAUCAGCCACAACAUCCACCUCAGCAGCAUGGUACUCCAACGCACCAACCGUAUAGCCAAUAUGUAAAUGGGGCAGUUGGCGUCCCUCAAAGGACGGCAUCCCCGCAUAUCUCCCACCAACCAUCGCAACACCAGCCUAUCCCUCACCACCCGGGGUAUAACCAGGCUGCAACACCUACAAGGCAACCAUAUGGCAGUCAGCCAAACAUAGGCAAUGAUCCAUCAAGACGUUUCUAUCCCCCAGCUGGCUCGCCUGCGGUACCAAAUAACCAGCUCAACCAGCACGGGCAGCAGAAUUCAAAUCCCCAAACUCCGGGUACCUCGUCAUUCCAUACGUCCCUCAACCCCCACCAGGUCCAGCAAGCCAUGGACCAAGCCAAAGCUCGCUUUGAUGCGACCAAGAGUGCUCAGAGGACGAAUGAGGGUAUUAGAAAUUCGAUGUCCGGUCAAGGACAGGUUGGUGCACCAGUUGGCUUAGGUGGUAUUGGUCUGGGAGGGGAUCCAGCAAGGUUAGCAGCAGUUAGAGCAGGUGUGCCUAACUAUCCAGCCUCUAGCCAAAGCCCUAAACACAUGCCUGUAGUUAAUGGCAGCCCCGCGAUGGGACCUGCAGUUCCGACGGCAAAUGGUGGCCAGCCAGCUCCCGGUAGAGAAGCCUAG